AUGGGGGCCCCGCUCGCGGUGGCGCUGGGCGCCCUUCACUACCUGGCACUUUUCCUGCAACUCGGUGGCGCCACACGAGCCGCCGGCCGCGCGCCCUGGGACAACCACGUCUCCGGCCACGCCCUGUUUACAGAGACACCCCAUGACAUGACGGCGCGGACGGGCGAGGACGUGGAGCUGGCCUGCUCGUUUCGUGGCAGCGGCUCCCCCUCCUACUCGCUUGAGAUCCAGUGGUGGUAUGUGCGGAGCCAUCGGGACUGGACCGACAAGCAGGCCUGGGCCUCCAACCAGCUAAAGGCAUCUCAGCAGGAAGACGCAGCACAGGACGCCACCAAGAUAAGUGUGGUCAAGGUCGUGGGCAGCAACAUCUCGCACAAGCUGCGCCUGUCCCGGGUGAAGCCCACGGACGAAGGCACCUACGAGUGUCGGGUCAUCGACUUCAGCGAUGGCAAGGCCCGGCACCACAAGGUCAAGGCAUACCUGCGGGUGCAGCCGGGAGAGAACUCGGUCCUGCACCUGCCCGAAGCCCCUCCAGCCGCGCCUGCCCCACCCCCCCCCAAGCCAGGCAAGGAGCUGAGGAAGCGCUCGGUGGACCAGGAGGCCUGCAGCCUCUAG